AAAGACGUCCGAAGCAUCCAGGCGGAAUCCGUGGCAGCUCUACCAGUUACUCAUCAGCUGAUCCUGCAAGAGACGAAGCGCGACAAGACACUCCAGGCCGUACUCAAGCAACUUCGUGACGGAUGGUCAACCAAAGCAUCAUCUGGAGAGUUCCUGCAGUUCUACAAACGACGGGAAUCGCUAUACGAAGUGGACGGCUGCGUGAUGUUCUUGGACCGAAUCGCCAUUCCUGAGAAGUUACGAGCUCCUGUCCUGAAGCAGUUGCACGCUGGUCACCCGGGAAUGCAGCGGAUGAAGUCGAUCGCGAGAAGCUACGUCUACUGGCCAAACAUCGACGCUGAGAUUGAAGACUACGUGCGGAAAUGUUCGCGCUGUGCUGCUGCGGCAAAAGCUCCAGUCAAGACAACUCUUUCCUCGUGGCCGAUUCCAGUUCAACCAUGGACGCGCUUGCACCUGGACUAUGCUGGACCCAUCCAAGGAAAGUUCUUUCUGGUGAUCGUCGACGCACACUCGAAAUGGCCAGAGAUCUUCGCAGUCAACAACUCGACGGCUUCAACCACUGUCAGCAAGCUACGAGAGUGUUUCGCAAGAUUCGGAUGUCCAGUCUCCGUGGUCACGGACAACGGAACGCAGUUCGACUCCGAGCUUUUCGCCAAGUUCUGCCGCGAGCUUGGUAUCGAGCACAUCAAGACACCACCAUUCCACCCGCAGUCUAACGGACAAGCAGAGAGGUUUGUCGACACACUGAAGCGAGCUCUUUUGAAGAUUGGUGGUGAGGACAUCGAUGUUGCUCUACAGACUUUCCUGCAAACCUAUCGCUACACACCAAAUGCGGUUUUACCCGACAACAAGUCACCUGCUGAAGCUUUGUUGGGGAGGAAAGUGCGCACCGUCUUCGACCUGAUGACGAAACCAACACCUGACAUGCCGCUCAUCAACCAACGCCAGAACGAACAGUUCAAUCGCAAACAUGGAGCCAAGAAACGCACGUUUGCGGCAGGUGAGGAAGUUUACGCUGAAAUCCACAUCCGCAACGAAAAGUAUUGGGCCAAAGGUGUGGUGAUCGAGCGCAAAGGACAGGUGGUGUACAACGUGCUACUGGACGAUCCACGACGUCGAGGAUUGAUUCGGUCGCAUGCAAACCAACUGCGAUCGCGAGCAGCAGCUAACGAACCAGUAGUUCAAGCCGAGACCGACCUACCACUAAACGUGCUGUUGGAAGAGUUUGGCGUGAACCGGACUGGAGUUGAAACACAUGCUGAUCCUGUUGGAGGGGAGCUUGAAGAGAUGCCGCUCGAGCAGACAACAGUCGCUGAGGAUCUACUUUCGGUUCCUGAGGAGGUGAUGGCCGUUCCAGGACCGUCACGUCCACCAAACCCGGUACCUGUGGAAGCGAAAGCUGUUGCAGGACCAUCCAGACCGCGAUACGUUUGCGUUCCAAGACCAAACGUAGACGUGCCUGCUCCAAGGCCGAUCGUGCGGAAGAGAGGAAUUGAACCUGUAAGCCCAGGACGAGGACCAUCCGGCAGAAAACGACGCCUUCCAUCGCACUUCCAGCACUACGAUCUCUUCUAG